CGCUAACUUCACGCAAUUAACAGCUUGAAAGCGCCAUAUUGGAAAGUGAAAUUUGUGUGUUCAACCAACGUUGUUCUUGUGAUUUUUCACCUCUGAGAACAGAAUAAUUGAGCAAUUAUGGCAGGAACAGGUGCAAACAGUGUUCCUCUGGGAGCUUUGCAUCCAGUCUUCAGUGGAGGAGGAAAAUCAUCUGGAAAUGACUCGAUGUUGAACGCUGCCCGCGAAGCAGCUGCGAGGGUGACUGCGAACAUCUUGAAACGGGAUCACGCCGGGAUUGCCGCCCGACCAGCGCAGGCCCAGAGUACCGCUACCGGUGGGCCUGUGUCGGCCGCUCAUCACCCAUUAACAAUGCCCGGUCAGCGCCAAAUCAUUGAACCUCUGAUGCAAGCAUCUUCAAGUUGGCCAAUGCAGCAGCAACCAGAGACUUCUAAGCGUCGCAAACGGAGUCGAUGGGGUGGAGAGGAUGUCAAGGCUGCACCAGGUGUGGCUACCGUUAUCCCUUCAGGUCUGUCAAAGGAACAAGAAACUCAAGUCUUAUUACAUCUGCAGAUUGAAGAAUUGAGCCGUAAACUACGAACCGGAGAGCUUGGUGUGCCGCCCAAUGUGGAGGAUAGGUCACCUUCACCUGAGCCUAUCUAUAACCAUGAGGGCAAGCGUCUCAACACCAGGGACUAUCGGAUGCGCAAGAAGUUAGAGGAGGAUCGUCACAAGAUGAUCCAGGAAGCACUCUCUUUGAAUCCAGAGUACAAACCUCCUGCAGAUUACAAGCCACCUGUCCAGCGAGUGAGUGAUCGGGUCAUGAUACCCCAGGAUCAGCAUCCAGAAAUUAACUUUGUUGGCUUACUCAUCGGACCUCGAGGUAACACCUUGAAGAAACUUGAGAAAGAUACGACCACCAAGAUCAUGAUCCGCGGCAAGGGAUCAGUGAAAGAGGGCAAGGUUGGGCGUAAAGAUGGCCAGCCUUUACCAGGAGAAGAUGAACCUCUCCAUGCCCUUGUCACAGCCAACAAUGCUGAGAGUGUCAAGAAGGCAGUCAUUCAGAUUCAAGAGAUCAUAAAACAAGGUAUUGAAACACCCGAGGGUCAAAAUGAUCUCAGAAGGAUGCAGUUGAGAGAGCUUGCCCGGCUGAAUGGUACACUCAGGGAUGAAGAUAUGCUCAGGUGCUCCAACUGUGGGUCCACAGAGCAUCGUACCUGGCAGUGUACAGAGAAGCAGAAUAUCACCAACAACAUCUUAUGCUCUCUCUGUGGCUCAGCCGGUCACAUAGCUGCAGAUUGCAGGGAGAAGGCCAUCGGAGACCGCCCCCUUGCCCAACCUAUCGUCAACUCAGCGGACAAGGCUAAGAUGGACUCGGAGUACCUUUCUCUCAUGGCUGAGCUUGGUGAAGGUCCUUUGCCAGGUGGUGGAGGAGGAGGACCACCACCACCACCAAAGGUCAGUUUGGGCGGGCCUCCUAGUGGUCCUAGACACCCCACACCCCCUAUCUCAUCGGCUCCACCCAAUCGCCCUUUGAUGAUGCCCCCAGGUGGUGGACAGGGCAACAACCAGGAUCACCCUCCCCCUCUGAUGGGUCAGAACCUGAACUUACCUUGGAACAACCGCAGUCAGAACAAGCCACCAUCCCUGCUUAACUCUGGCCCUGCACAGCGGCCUCCUCUGGGCCAGGGCCCCCCUCCUCCUCCUCUCCCCCAUCAAGGCCCUCCACCGCCCUCUAGCAGCGGACCUCCACCCCAUCACAACCAGCCCCCGUUCAUGGGUCCACCCCGACCCCCACUGAUGAAUAGACCCCCUCCAGUUGGACCUCCUGGUGGCAUGCCUCCGAAUAUGAUGCCUUCUCAUAUGGGCCAAGGACCCCCUGGACCCCCUCCUGGUGGAUUCAACCCAAUGAUGCCCCCUCCACCUCGUGGAAGAUCUCAGCUGCCCCCGUGGGCAUUUCACGGUGGACCUCCAUCUUCUGGUUCCCCUAAUUCAUCAGCACCAGCUCCAGCGCCGGUUCCUCCCCCAUCCCUUCUAGUUGCCCCACCCCCUCCCCCACCCAGCAGCGAGCCGCCUCCACAACCCCCCACUAGUGCUCCAUGGCAGAUUUCGUCAUCAAGCCAAGGGGUAGGGACGUCUCCCCCAUCUCAGCCUCCAUGGCAGUCCCAGGCCAUCCUACAGCAGGCCCUAGCCCUCUCGCAGCCUCAGCAGGCAGCGACAGCUACUGCUACAACAACUGAGACUACUACAUCCACAACCAAGCCAUCUCCUCCAGUACCAUGGCAACAGCUUGCUGCAGCUGCAGCUGCAGCCAAUGCUCCUCCAGUCAGUUCAGCUAGCAGCUCAUCACCAGCCCUGCCACCCUGGCUACAAGCCUAUACAGCAGCUGCUGCAGCAGCGGCAGCUGCAGCUGGCGGAGGAGGAGUCUCUACAAGUACGGCAGGCCAACCUACACCUCCACAGUGGGCGCAAGCAAUGCCUCCACCACCACCCCAACCGGUCCCCCCUCCCUCUUUGCCAGGAAUGCCCCCUAUGGGGGUGCCACCUCCCCACAUGCAGCCCCCGAUGCCCCCCUUGCCAUUCCAGCAAGGUGGUAUGUCUGAUGUUGCACCACCCCCUGCAGUACCCCCUCCUCACCUGAAUGCCCCUCCCCCACCCCCGCCUCCUUCAAGUUGAGCAUCUGAGCAUUACUCCAUUUAAUACUAAGGUGGUCUGCUUUAUCAUCCAAGAGGUCAUUUGAAGAUUGAAAUACUCAACCAUUUUCCUUACAUGCAGCGUCCAUCUAUCAUGUACAUCAUUCUCUAGUGUCCUUGAAAAGCUUAGUUUGGUUGUGACUUUUUGAUAUAAAUCUUGUUUUCUCUGUAGAAUUAUUUUUUAUAUUUGAUUUAUAAAAAAUUACCUGUGUUUGUUAUUUUUUCCUUAUGGAUAUUGCUGUCAUGGGUUGUGGACUGUAUCAACAUACAUACAUCCUUAUGCACAUACACCCUUAAACACUCACACACAUGCAUACAUAUUUUUGGAUAUCUAUAUAGCUUUUACAAAUACAUUGUACCUUCAAACAAAUGUAAAAUCAUUGAUUUGAUUCAGUUUUGCAUAUAAUUAAAUUUAGAAAAAAAUUAAUUGAUUAGUAUCUGAGAGAAUACCAAAUUGACAAAUCAGAGUGUUAGAAUACUGAAUAUAUUUGCCUUUCAACUCUAUUUGUGUACUGCCAUCCUUUUAGUGAUGACUUCAUCAAAGGUAGAUAAUAUAAUGGUUUUUAUUUAGAAUUAAAGGUAAAGACAGUAGUUGCAGCAAACAAUUACCAUUUCAUGAGAAAUUGUUUUUUUAAAUCAAGGUUAAUGGCCAAAAUAUUAGCAUACAUCUAGAUCUGGUCCAUUUUUUCCUUAUCGAUGCAAACUUAUUUUUUUUUAAAUCAUGAAAUCUUAGCUCAAAAUCGAUAAUUCUGAUGAUCACUAACACAGAAAACAUCUGUAGGACAGUGUUUUAAGUAUUGCUUCGAAAAAUACCCGACAUUUGAUGGAAUUCUAUGCUUAUUUUGCUCAUUUCUCAGCAAUUAUGCAUUUUGUUUCAGAGCUAUUUGGCACAUAUUUUUUUACAUACAAACACUUUGGUGGUAAUUUCAUUGGAUUCUGUUCAAACUUAUUUUGAGAACAUUAACAUAACUGGUAUUUAUCUUUAACCCCCCCCCCUUUCAGGGGGAGGUUGGUAAAAUAAUUUGAUGCAUGGAACAGAGAGGAUAUGAUAUGAGCACUCAUCACAUCACAUUCCAUCAUAAUUUUUUUUCUAUGUUUUGUGCAGUUUUAAUUGGGAAUUCAAUAUCAGGAUCUCAUUCAUAAAUAGUGCUAUGAAUGACAACUGUAGUGAAAUCCUUGUAUGUUUUUUAUCGGGCAGAAAGCACUAUACUUUUUUUAUAUUUGGUAUGAUAAGAACAUAUACAUUAUUUUUUUUAUUUUGCUUUGUUAUUGAUCAUGGCUAGAUGAUGCAUUUCUUUAUAUUUUAGCACUGAAUACCUCACUUCAAGAUUUUAUUUAAAAGAGAUAACAAAAUAAAAUAACAGAAUAAAAGGACAUUUCAUAUGGUAAUAGAUUUGUUACCCUUGAAUUUACAAGAGCAGAUAUAUCAGGUCAUUUUCAUAUAUCUUUAUCUUUCAUUUGCUGAACAUAUGCUUUUUGUGAUUUAUAAUUUUUCUCAUUUCUACCACAUGUCAGGGACAUAAUUGAAAUCUAUCUGAACUAGUUCAGAGGGGAAUGACUCCUCCUUUUCCUGCAUUGAUCAGAUUGUGGGUAAUGUGAAAUACACAUUAAUUGUAAGAUGUGUGAUAGCGACAUGUAUGCAAAACAAGGUAACAACGAGCCCCUUCUUGUUAUCCAGUAUUCUGCUUAGUUUUUAUUCAUGAAAAUUUAGUGUUCAAGGGAUCACCCGCCUAGAAAUCAUUAUCAUCGGAACAAGUGGAUACUUAGUAGUCCAAAGGGAUGAAAGUUUCAUCAAAGUUGGAGAUAACCUAGAAGAGUAAUGGAAUUUCAAUUUUUUUUUCAUCAGUGUGAAACCAUUUAAUGCAUAAUUAUGCUAAUGAAGGAGCUUGUGCUGUCAUAGUCCAACAUUUUUCCUUUUUGCUUUAUUACAAAUUAUUAUAAAGAUGAAUAUAUGUUUUAAUUUGCAGAGGUGAGAAUGGAGAUGAUGAAUCUCCUUUGUAUCAGAUUUAAUAAGAUGAUUAUAUUUACUCUUUUCAAGAGAACUAAAGCAUGCUUUAAAAAAGAAAAGAAAAAAGUGGGCAUGUGACUUCAUAGUUUUGGAUACAACCUCAUUUACUGUUUUUAGCCACUUUGCAUCCAUAAAAAUAUUUUCAUGUGAUUGUGGAGAAAUUUAAACCGUUUUGCUUAUUUUAAUAAUAAAUACUUUUUUAUUCAGUCAGUGUGAUUUCAAUGCGACACUCAUGUAUAUGACUACUGCAAGGUUUACUGAUCAUACAUCGUCAUCUUUGAGUAGAAGAAAUAACCAGUUGUCUCACGAUGUAUCAAACGUAGUUGGAAAGCGACAUUUCGUCUGCAAGCUGCUAGAUUGCUCAUUGCCUGACGAAGUCUAGCAGCUUGCAGACGAGACGUCGCUCUCCUACGUUUGAUACAUCGUGAGAAAACUGGUUAUUUCUUAUACUCAAUCCUUCACCAUGAUGAACCACCUCUCCCACAUCAUCUUCAUCUUUAUAAUGCAUAAUUCAAUUGGAAGAUUACAGGUCUUAGUUUCAUGAAGCUUGUUUUGAAUGGCGA